AGAAUCCUCUUCAGUCCGCGCAAGUUGAGAAGCUCCCAAAAGCUGAACAAAAGGAACAAACGGCAGAAGGCAUCCCCAGUGCCCACCUCCAUAUCUGGCUGAUCUACAUAAGACAACCAACACCUGGCCAGUCGGAACACAUACGCUGCAGCAAUGGCCUCCACAUGCAGGUGUCCAACCUUCCUGUCCAAAGCAACCUCAGGUCUGCUGCUUCCGAGCCUGCGGAUACGAGGAAAGAGCGCCGUGCCGACGGCUGGGCUCUCGUCCCACAGUUUGCCGCAGGGGCUACUGAGGACCAGCACUAUACAUCGUGAAGCAUUUGCAGUUCCACGGACCCUUCGCUCCUUACGACCUUUCUCGACAACAAUAUACCCACGGUCCGCCACAGGAGCACCACCACCACCACCCCCCUCAUCCCCCGGGCCAACCGCCCGCGCCGCCACCGCAACCGCCACCCACUUCCCGCAAGGCGCCCACUCCCACUAUUCCCACCCCCGCAACCCGCGCCUCGCCGCCCGGCAAGCCCAAGCCCACAACACCCAAUCCACUCUUUACUACACCGGCGCCAUCAUCGUCUUCUUCAUCGGCGCCUCCUACGCCGCCGUCCCCCUCUACAAACUCAUCUGCACCGACACCGGCCUCGACGGCACGCCCAUGGUUUCCCCCGGCCACAAAUUCGAGCCAGAGUCCAUGAUCCCGCUCGCAAACGCCCAGAAACUCAAAAUCAAAUUCGCGUCCUCGGUCUCAGACCACAUGCGAUGGUCAUUCACACCGGUCUCACCCGAAAUCCACGUCGUACCCGGCGAAACCGCCCUCGCGUUCUACACGGCGCAUAACCCGACCGAGGAGGAUAUCGUCGGCAUAUCGACCUACUCCGUCGUCCCCGCGAAAGCGGCGCAGUAUUUCAAUAAGAUCCAGUGUUUCUGCUUUGAGGAGCAGAAGUUGGAGGCCGGCGAGGAGGUGGAUAUGCCCGUGUUCUUUUACAUUGAUCCGGAGUUUGCGUAUGAUCCGUGGAUGAAGGAUGUUAAGACCAUCACGCUGCAUUAUACGUUUUUCAGAAGCAAAGCGCAAUAGGUACACCCCAAGUCACAUACACCACACCCUACACUCUAUUCUGCAUCUAUGUAUCAUUAAGGCCUGCAUCAGACAAAAGUAACUUGGAAUAUCGCUAGAUGAACGUCUAUAUACACGCUCUACCGACCGCAUCAACGACGUGAUCUUCUAGUGUCCAUGCCCGUCCCCAUCAUACUCUUUCGCAUGUGCCGUAGUCAUAGUACUGGUCCCUGGCCCACUCCCGUCAUCGCACCGAAUCUCGAUAAGCACCUCCUGCAGGCCGUCGACGGCAUGCAUCAGAUUCUCACGCAGGUCAUUCGCGAUCUGGGUGUGAUUUGCACACAAUCCAGUUUAGUGAUGAUGGGCUCACAACGGGGCAAGUGAAUAUGAAUAUGGUUGUGUCAUUUUUCGUACCUGACUAGCCUCCGAGACCGAUGUUGACGGGGUUAGGAUGAUUUGCAUAUCCGCUAGAAAACCAUAAUACAUUGAUAAGCAUCAUCUCAGGUGGGAGAAAGGCAAA